UUGUCAAGGAAACACCUUGCAUGUCUUGUUCUAUUCUGCUCCAACAAAAUCUUUUAGCCAUUUCUGCAACUGAGUUUUCCUUCUUUAAUUGGAUUAUUACAGUGUCAGGAGUAUCAAAAAGGUCAACAACUUCCGUCGUUGAUUAUCUUCAAAGUGUUGAGGAAAUUGACCUUAGAAUAUUGGGUUAAGAUGGACGAUUCCUCAAACUUUGAUGAAAACUCUGAUGUUGGUUAUGAGCCUUCACCUUCUUCUGUGGAUCAAAAUGAUCAUUCAGUCACUGAAACUGCUGGGUACUCCCCAUUUAGUGGUGAUUCCUCUACAUAUUGUAGGACUAAUUCAGAGGUGUCAAGCUUCUCUGAGCCUGUUGAUGACAAUAGCUAUGCUAGUGAGCCUUCACCUUCUCUGUGGAAAACUAUGAAACAUGGAGCUGGUCAAGCUGCUCUUUCCAGGUUAGGAAUGAAUCAGUGCAGGCAUUCAUUUGAUGAUAAACCUGAUGAUGACCUUGAUCUCUUGGAGUCAGAGCUUGAAAUGAUGAAGGAAAAAUUUGCAAAGCUUCUACUGGGGGAAGACAUGUCUGGGGGUGGGAAAGGUGUCUGCACUGCAGUUACAAUAUCAAAUUCCAUUACCAAUCUCUAUGCAACUGUAUUUGGACAAAGUUUAAAGUUGGAGCCUCUGAAGCCUGAGAAGAAGGCCAUGUGGAAAAGAGAAAUGAAUUGUCUUCUAUCCGUGUGUGAUCACAUAGUAGAAUUUGCCCCAACAGCACAAUACUUAGAAGAUGGCACAAUUGUUGAGAUGAUGUCAAGCAGACCAAGAUCAGAUAUUUAUAUCAACCUCCCAGCUCUGCAGAAGCUUGACGCAAUGCUCAUAGAAAUAUUCGAUAGUUUCCAGGAUAAUGAGUUUUGGUAUGUGGAGCAAGGGAGCAUACCACGUAGUUCGACUAGUUUGCGUGCAGGCUCAUUUCGAAGGAUUGUUGAGAGGAAAGAUGAGAAAUGGUGGUUGCCAGUGCCUUGUGUUCACUCCUGUGGCCUCUCUAGUAAGUCAAGGAAGCACUUGAGUGAGAAACGAGAUUGUGCUAAUCAAAUUCAUAAAGCAGCCAUGGCAAUAAAUAGCAGUGUUCUUGCAGAGAUGGAUAUUCCAGAAACAUAUAUGACAAAUCUUCCCAAGAGUGGAAGAGCAAGUCUGGGGGACACAAUUUACCGCUAUAUGCAUUCUGCAGACAAGUUCUCACCUGACUGCCUUCUUGACCGUCUCAAAAUAAGUUCUGAACUCGAAGCACUCGAGCUGACAGAUAAGGUUGAAUCUUCAAUGUACACAUGGAGACGGAAAGCUUGUCUGAGCCAUUCAAAAUCAUCAUGGAACAAAGUAAAGGAUCUCAUGGCUGACACAGACCAAAGUGAUAAAAACUACAUCUUAGCUGAGAGAGCUGAGACUUUAUUGUUUUGCUUGAAGCAAAGAUAUCCUGAACUUUCACAGACAUUCUUGGACACAUGCAAGCUUGAAUACAACCGGGAUGUAGGUAAAGCAGUAUUAGAGAGCUACUCAAGAGUAUUAGAAGGCUUGGCAUUCAACGUUGUUUCUUGGAUUGAAGAUGUUCAGAACCAAGAUGUAUAGAAACCUAAUGCUGAUGCUCUUUUUUGUAAGCGAUAGCUUUAGGAGAACUUAGGUAAUAGAUGAUUGCAUUGAAAGCUAUUCACUUGCAUCUGUAUUAAAUUUAGCUUUUAGCUAUGCUAAAGAAGAGAGUUUUCAGAUUCAGUUGAAGGAUUAAGCAAAUCCUAUAUAAU